AUGAGCGACUCACAGGACUUAGACAAGCUGCUGAGCAAGCUCACUCGCGACGAGAAGAUCUCUCUACUGGCAGCAGCCCACUGGUGGCGCACGCAGGUCAUAAAGCGCGAUGAUGUCUUCGUCCCACACAUUAAGUUCACAGAUGGUCCCAACGGUGCGCGAGGCGAGAGCUAUGUCAGCGGUAUCAAAGCUGCCUGCUUCCCCUGCGGCACCAGCCUUGGGGCGACCUUUGACCGCGAGCUGCUCUUCCGCACAGGAAAGGAGAUCGCCCGCGAAGCCCAGACAAAGGCCGCGAAUGUCCUACUCGCUCCUACCAUGAAUGUCAUACGUUCUCCUCGAGAGGGGCGGAAUUAUGAGACUUACUCCGAGGACCCCUUCGUGCUGGGAGCUCUGGCGGCAGCCUUUGUCAAUGGUUGCCAGUCCAUUGGUAUUGCCGCCACUCCCAAGCACUACGUGGCCAACGACACUGAGAACAACCGCAAACUUCUGACCGCCGACAUUGACGAGCAAACUCUUCGUGAGAUCUACAUGCUUCCAUUUCAAUUACUGAUGAGAUGGGCUGACCCACUUUGUUUCAUGACCAGCUACAACCGCGUGAACGGAAAAUAUGUUGCUGAUAAUCCCCAACUAGUCAAUCAGGUCCUGCGAGGCGAAUGGGGCUUUGAUGGAGUGGUUGUUUCAGAUUGGAUGGGGGUGUACUCUACUGCAGACAGCAUAAAUGCAGGGGUGGAUUUGGAAAUGCCCGGGCCAACGAGAUGGCGCGGGGAGAAGCUCGCGCGAGCGGUAAAUGAUGGGCAGGUAGCUGCGCAGGUCGUCGACGAGUCAUCUCGCAGAAUCCUGCAGCUUGCCUGUCGUCUCAAGAGGUUCGAGCUUCCCGAGGAACCACCCGAAGAUGCAGUCGAGAACCCUGAGAGAGGUGAGUUUAUCUGUGACAGUGGUGCAGAGGGCAUGGUCCUCUUAAAGAACGAAAACAUUCUUCCACUGCCAAAAGGUGUCACAGUGGCUUUGAUAGGACACCAUGCUAUGGAAGCCAGUCUUGGUGGAGGAGGGAGUGCGCGGGUAGAUUCCCUGCACGCUGUAUCUCCCAUAGAGGGACUCGAUCAAGCUGGCUUUCAAGUCAAGGCUGUGCCUGGAGUCCCAGUAUUUGGUUCCCUGCCGCAUGCUGAUCCUUCAAUCAUGUUUUCCUCGGAUACUAAGAUGCAGGCAAAGGAGCCAAACCCGGUCUUUUCAGAGACCAAAGAGCAGGCAGAGUACAUGAUCAAGGAGAAAUGGCCGGAGUACCUCAGUCAAGACUACUGCACCCGAAUAACUUUUGGUAUUCGUCCGUUAACGUCUGGGGGGCACAUCUUGUCUAUCAUUUCGACCGGGCCUGCAACCGACUUGCGUCCAGAACCUUUCUACUUUUUCAAGUCGAGGUUGGAGCGACGGUUUACCUACCCAAUGCAAGCAGGUCAAUCAUACACGCUAAUGCUAGAAUCGUGGAAUACCGAUCCUCUUAUUCUCCAUGCCAAGCCUCUCUUCGGUCGAAUGUUCCAAGGGUCCGCUCUGCGGUUUCAUGAGUUUAUCGAUAUUCCCAGCAGAAUCGAAGUUGCGCGUACAGUAGCACAGGAAGUGGAGUAUGCCAUCGUCUGCGUGGGAACGACCAACGAGAUUGAAUCUGAAGGAUUCGAUCGGGAGUCUAUGGAUCUGUCGUCCCUUCAGUACGAGCAGAUCGCCGCUGUCGCUGCGGUAAACCCUCGCACAACCUUGGUCAAUUUCAGCGGAGGACCCGUUGGGUUCAACCAAUUUAUAAAUUCCGUGCCAGCAGUUGUGCAGGCAUGGUUUCCGGGUCAAGAAGCUGGUCGUUCAUUGGCACGCGUGCUCGGCGGAGACACGAACCCCGGCGGUCGUCUCCCCUUCUCGUGGCCACGUCGAGAUGAAGACAAUCCCAGCUUUGCCAACUUCCCGUGCGACGAGAACAACGUGAUCCGAUACGCCGAAGGACUUGAUGUUGGUUAUAGAUACUAUGAUCGCCCGGAGAACCCAGAGCCACUGUUUCCGUUUGGGUUCGGCCUGUCUUAUACCGACUUCAAGGUCUUCGGAGUUUGUAUCACAGACACGUCGGUCGCAGAUCCAGAAGGCACGGUGGUAGUCUCUUGUCGAGUUCGGAACAUCGGGAUACGAAGAGGGGCAACUGUCAUUCAGUACUACGUCAGCCCGCCACGGGACAGGGUGGAGAGCCAACGGCCAUUGAAAGAACUUAAAGAGUUCCGAAAAUUGAGCCUACAGCCCGGCGAAGUGCAGGAUAUGUCUGUCACGUUGGAUAACUACAGUGUCAGCAGUUACAAUGCUCAACAGCACUGCUGGGAGGUAAGGGAGGGUCAAUACAAAGUGCAUGUCGGGCUUUCAUCUACAGAGAUUUCUUCGACAGUUGGCUUUCAUGUUGGCCGAGGCUUCAAGUGGCGCGGUCUAUAGAUGUGGUCUAUAGAUGGCGGAUGGGGCUAUGGAGAAGAGAUGGUCGAGACAACCAAGAACUCCGUUCAUGGAUAGAAAAGAAGAGGAAGGCCCUGCGGGCCUUCGCUCUGAUCUAUGUACUGUACGUGUUGAGUACCAUGGGUGCCUAAGGCACCAUGGUCGGAAAUAUGACGGGUGUCAAGGAGCAGAAGUUUGUGCUCUGGGUUGUGAUGUUGUAUGCUCUGAAGUCCAGUCUGAUGUCAGCCAUUACACCCCAGGGCCUCAUGUUUUAGAGUCUUUCAGCAAAUGCUCUGAGAUCAUUCCAACAAGAUCCGAUGUGGUGUAAUGGCUAACAUCGCUGUCUCUCAUUGAGAUAUCACAGCAGCUCGGGGUUCGAUUCCCCGCAUCGGAGUUGACUUUUUG